UAACAUUUCUAUUAUUAAUGAAAUCCAUAUUUGUAGGUUUGUUUCAAUUUUUUUUAAAUCGAAUUGCCUCUAAAUAAACUCACAUUGUGUCACAACUGUUUGGAAUGGUAUAUUAGAAAUAUUUUUUUUUAAUGAAAAUUCGGUUUAUGAACUUCCACGAAUGUGUUUCACUGCGUUGUAUGUAAGUCCAAAUGCGUCCGGAAAUGCCGAAAGCACGAGCAACACCGUGUUACUAUCAUGUUGUAUAGAAAAAAAACCUUCGUGAAGUUCUAAGAUAAGGGAAUAACAUCACGAAAAAUUUUGACAAUCAAGUUGGAGAAAGAGGUUAUGGCGAAAUACUUGAUACAAAUAGUUAUAAUGGGCACGCGAGUCGUCGGCAAAGCAUUUGCACGAGCAUUGCAACAAGAAAUUGCAGCAAGUCAAGAAGCUGCGCGCAGAGCAGGCGGUGGAAAAAGAGGUGCUCAACAUGCAGCAGCUAAUUCCAGAACUGGAAUUACCUUAGAUGAAGCAUUACAUAUACUGAAUGUUGAACGACUGGAUCAAACAGAAGCUAUCGAGCGUAAUUAUAAGCAUCUCAUGGAGGUUAAUGACAGAUCUAAAGGUGGUUCUUUUUAUAUUCAGUCGAAAAUAGUGCGUGCCAAAGAACGUAUCGAUGAGGAACUAAGUAAUCAAAAUAUUCCUCCCCCAAAAGAAAGUUCUGUACGACAAGAUAGCACUAAAGAACUUUAGUUGAUGUUUCUGUAGUCUAAAUUGAAUUAUUACAUCCUCAAAGUCUGUAUAUACACAUUUAGCGAUCUACAUUUUAAUUAUAAAUAAAUAUUAUGAAACAUGUAAUUGAUCAAAAUUGCCAUAACUGUAUUUUGUUAUUAGCUAAAAUAUUAAA